CCGCCUCGCCCUUGUGGGGCCGCGUCGUCAGCUCGCAGGAAAGUGGGAGGAGGGCAGCGCCGGGCGCGGCCUCUGAGGAGCGGGCGCGGGGCCCUGUCUGAGGGUGGCGGAAGGGGACGGAACCCUGUCGCGUCCUUGGGUUUGAAGGACGCCAGUGAAAAUCUGUUGGAAUCGCGGCUCUUCCCCGGUGAUGGUCAUUGUCCUCCAGAACAGGCAUGGAGGAAAUUUCGGCCCAGGAAGCAGCAGGAUCACCAGGGGCCCAGUUUCAGUCUUUGGAGACCCAGCCUGAGGAUCUGUCCCCAGAGCCUCUAUUCGUGCAGGACACCGACAUGGAACAGGGACUCACUGGGGGAUUUCCAUUUUCCAAGCCUGAUGGAAUCUCCCAGCUGGAACAAGAUCUACAGGUCUUUGAUCUGGAAACUAAGAAUAGAGAAGUCUUAAGAGAUGACUGCUCAGAUGGAGAGACCAGAGAAGAGAACAAGCUGUUGAUUCCUAAGCAGAAAAUUUCGGAAGAAGUACAUUCAUACAAAGUGAGAGUAGGAAGACUCAAAAAGGAUAUUUCCCAAGUUCCUGAGACUAGAGAAGUGUAUAAACCUGAGGACAGAUUAGAAAGGCUUCAGGAAAUCCUAAGGAAAUUUCUCUUCCUGGAGAGAGAGUUUAGGCAAAUAACAAUCAGCAAGAAAACCUUCACCAGUGAGAAGAACAAUGACUGUAAUGAACCUGAAAAAAGCUUCAGUCUGGACUCAACCCUUGAUAUAGAUCAGAGAGUUCUUAGAAUACAGAAUAUUGAUGACAUUGAUAAGUAUAACAUGAGCCUCAACCGGAAUUCAGCUGCUGGUAAACAUGAACAAAUAAAUCUAACACAGGAUUUUCAGAGUAGUGAAUAUAAGGAAAGCUUAAUGGAUCUCUCCCACCUUAGUAAAUGUGAGAGUAGUCCUACCACUGAGAAAUCCUAUAAAUGUGAUGCAUGUGAGAAAAUCUUCCAUCAGAGCUCAGCCCUUUCUAGACAUCAGAGAAUUCAUACUAGAGAGAAACCCUACAAAUGUAAAGAAUGUGAAAAAUCAUUCAGUCAGAGCUCAAGUCUUAGUCGACAUAAAAGAAUACACACUAGAGAAAAACCCUAUAAAUGUGAAGCAUCUGAUAAAUCCUGUGAAGCAUCUGAUAAAUCCUGUAGUCAGAGCUCGGACAUAAUUAAGCAUAGGAGGAUUCACACUAGAGCAAAAUCUUAUAAAUGUAGCAAUUGUGAAAGAGUCUUCAGUCGUAGUGUACACCUUACUCAACAUCAGAGAAUUCACAGAGAGAUGCCCUGUAAGUGUACUGUAUGUGGUAGUGAUUUCUAUAAUACCUCAUACCUAGUUGAACAUCAGAAGGUCCACUGUGAAGAGAAAUCCUAUGAAUACAGUGAAUGUGGAUUGACCUUUGUUAAACAUCAAGGAGUUCAUCUCAGAGAAAAGCCGUAUACAUGUAAUGAAUGUGGAAAAGACUUCAGAUUGAAUUCUCAUCUUAUUCAGCAUCAAAGAAUUCACACAGGAGAGAAACCACAUGAAUGUAAUGAGUGUGGAAAAGCUUUCAGUCAAACCUCAUGCCUUAUUCAGCAUCACAAAAUUCAUAGGAAGGAGAAAUCCUAUGAGUGUAAUGAUUAUGAGGAAAGUUUCAAUUGUAGCUCAGAUCUUGUCCUGCAACAAGAAGUCCUCACCGGAGAAAAAGCCUUUGAUUGUGAUGCAUGGGAAACGAACCUCAGUCAGAGAGCACAUCUUGUUCAACAUCAAAGAAUUCAUACCAAAGAGAACCCUUAUGAAUGUAAUGAACGUGGGAAGACAUUUAGUCAGGUUCAGGCCUCAUUCAACAUGUAAGAGUUCACAGCAGAGAGAAGUCAUGUAUGUACAGAAUGUGAUAAAGCUUUCAGUCAUAGCUCAACCUUCAUUCAGCAUCAGAGAGUCCAUACCAGCGAGAAACCUUCUGAAUAUGACUAGUGUAGGAAAGCUAUUAGUCAGUGUUAAACUCUUAAUCAGCACCUGCAAUCCUAUACCAAUGAGAAAACCUACAAAUAUAUUGAAUGUGGUAAAUUCUUCAUGCUAUUUUCAUACCUUAGUCACCAUUGGAGAAUUCAUACUGGAAUAAAAUUCCAUCACUGUAAUGAAUGUGAGAAAGCCUUCAGUCAAAGGAACAGCCUUGUUUAGCAUCAAAUUCGUUCCAUGCAGAAAGCCUAUGAAUGUAAUGAAUGUGUAUGUAUGUGGGAAGAUUCAGUCAUAUUCCAAUCCUUGUUCAACAUCAAAGAAUCCAUACCCAAGAGAAGUCAUUUGAGUAUAGUAAAUGUGAUCAGUCUUUCAGUUGGAGUUCAAGUCUUUUUCAUCAUCAGAAUAUCCGCACCAAAUGAGAAUCUUAUAUAAUGCAAAUGGAAAAAUUACUGCCAUAUUUCAGGCUUUACUCAAAGUCAGAAUAUUAGAAAAUUGUUGAUUAUCUGUAUAUGAAAUCGUUACUAUAUAGUCCCAAUCUUUGUCAUUGCAGAAGAAUCUAGUCUGAGGAGUGGCGUGGUGAAUGCAGUUUUGUUUUUCAUGGCAUUCUUUUAUUUAAUAUAAUAGGUGUUGUAAGUAGGUAUGUGUACUUUAUUUAUGGAACUCAUUUAAGCUAUUUUUAUUUUAAUAUGGCCUAUAAGCAUUUUUAUUUUUCCUGAAA